AUGGCCGCCCCGCCGAAUCGAGGCUUGUCACUUUCCAGCAUCCCGACCGACUUCUUGGAGUCGUACCCGCAUGCCGCCUUUGUUGUCACUCAGCCGGAGCGUGAUUGUUUGUCGCUCCCCCCAUCGCAUGGCAGCCUCGUGCCGUUGAAACUCUUCUGGUCCAAUGUGGCUUGGAAGCAGGCAGCAGGCUCGCGCUCGUUGUUAGAAUGCAUCUCACCACCUGAUGCGGGGCGCCUGCAGGCUUGGCUGCUCGAAUGUCAGCGCGAUCCACUGGAACUGCCGUUCAUGUUUGGUGAGACCUAUCACCUCACGCGUACGAGCGCACCCGUUCACUGGGACGACGGGACUCUGCUAUCCACACAUACCUUUGCCAUCAUUACGACAAUGCCGUGUGCGGAUAAGGUCCAGCUGCCAUUACGACCUGCGCCGGCGAGAGUGAGCAGUCGACAGACGUUUAGGCCCUUUGAGCCCCCAGUUCGCCCUCCGGGCGAGGCACCUGGUACUGUGCCCGUCGACUCUGGCGUGCCACCAGCACACCGUACUGCACAGAGUCUCAGCUAUCGACGAGACGGCAGCCUGAACACCCAGUACCUGCGCAGCACCAUCGCCCCCGAGGGUACAGACCCCACGUCAGGACUGCCGUACGAUGUCAAGCAGCUGCUCAUGACCACCGACUGGUCAAAGUCCCCAUUGGGUCCUAUGGAGCUGUGGCCUCCGGCCAUGCUGGGGCUGGUCAACACAACGAUAGUGAACGCAACACGCGCAGCGAUCUGGUGUGGCAGAGAGUUUACGAUGGUGUACAAUCAGCAAUUCGCCGAGGAGAUGGAGCACGACCACCCUGCUGCGUUUGGACGUUCUGGACCUGCAGCGUACGCAGAGAUCACGAACAUUCUUGGACCCCUGGCGGAGGCCGCAAUCUCGGGCCAGUCGCUGCACCUUCAAGACCGACUUGUUCUCCUCAAGGACAAGACGGACGGAAAAAUGUACGAAGGAUACUGCACACAGCACUGGAUCCCAUGCCGAGAAGUGACUGGCGAGUUUUCUGGUCUGUUCUUCAGCAGCAUGGAGACGACGGCCACCGUGCUGUCUGAGCGCCGGAGCGAUGUUGUGCGCCAGAUGAGCGAGCGAGCUUCCAUCGGACGUACGAUGGACGACUUUGAGAGCGGAAUACUCGAGACACUCACCGCCAAUCCAAAGGACGCUCCGUUUGCCAUGCUGUACCAUGUCCAGCAACAAACUUCGUUGCCUAACAACGGCACCCCAACACGCUCCGGUGUACAGACGCCGCGCCCCAGCGACGCAAUUGCAAAGCUGGUACAGCUCACUUAUGCCGGCGGUGUGGGAGUGCCCUUUAGACACCACUCGGCCCCAGAUUCAUUGAUAUUGUCACUCAAGCCCACUCACGAUCUCGAAACGCAGGUGACAUCCGCCUUACAGACGCUGGACGUUAACGGUUCGACUCUGGACGCCACCCCCACUGCAAUCAUGCGCCGGACCGUCUCACCCACUACCACCCCACCAUGCGGCACCUGCUGGCCAAUCGCCGAGGCUCUCCGGACCCACCGAACCAUUUUCGUGCGUGACUGCAGGGCUCUCAUCCAAGGAUACCAGGUACGCGUUUGGGACGAACUUCCAUCGUCGGCCGUUGUCAUCCCAAUUGUCCAUGACACGGACCAAGGUGUGCCCGAGGCAGUGAUGAUUCUGGGAAUCAGCAGCCGGCUGCGGUUCACAGAGGACUAUGAGAACUUUAUCCAUUCACUCCGAAUUCAAAUGGCAGCGUACCUCGUCGCUGUUCGCAGCUAUUGCAAAGACCAGGAACUCAUCCAGCAACUCGCCCAAAUGGACCGCGCCAAAAAUCUCCUGUUCGCCAACCUUGCCAACGACCUUCUUAUGCCAAUUAGCCUGAUCAUUGGUCCGCUCGACGACCUCGCCCAUUACAUUACACCCGAAACUGCCAAUGGUAAUUCGCUCAGCAUUGCCCGCCGCAAUGUGCGCCGCUUGCGGUCUCUUGUUGGCAUGCUCGUCGAUGUCAGCGCCCUCGAACACGGACCUGGUAUUGCAACCUUUACGCGUGUAAACUUUGGCAGUCUCACACGGGACAUUGCGUCCAUGUUCCGCAAGACUGUGGAAAAGGCCGGCCUGAAGUUUACAGUUGACUGUGAUCUCACCCCACAUGAAGUCUACGUGGAUCGCGAGGCGUGGGAAAAGGUGGUCGUGACCCUUACGGGACAGGCGUUCAAAUAUACUCGGCAAGGCUUUAUCGAGAUCAAGGUUCGCUACGCCAAUGGCCACGCCGUAUUCACGUUCAAGGAUUCGUCCAUUGGUAUUCCUCAGCACUUGAUGGAGCAUGCGGGAGAACUGGUCGUGUAUGGCAGCGAGCAGGAAGAGACUCCCGCUGGUCCAGUUAUCUUGUUUGCGCUGGUGAAGAAACUCGUCGACUUGCACGGGGGCACCCUCGACGCCGAGUCCAGAACUUUGUUCAAUGCACCAGACGGCAAGACCGGUACAACGGUCGUCAUUUGUAUUCCACUGGGUAGCGCCCAUCUGCCGGAGGAAGAUGUCCAACAUGGCGCAGAGGUGCCGACUCACGAGCUGCGCCAGUGGGAAGAUUGGGAAGAUUCCUCACUAGAAACGCCAUCAGUUGUGGAGCAGAGGUCAUGGGGUGUUGACCUGUCCAGUUUGUUUUUCGAACAAAGCGACGUCAUCCUCGUGGUCGACAACACGGUCGACUCGCUGAGAUACAUGAGGGCCAUCUUUGAACCGUUUUGCAAGGUCAUCGAGGCACGAGGUGCCAAAGAAGCCUUGGAACUGUGUCGCGCCAGCCCACCAAACUUGGUCAUUUGUGACUUGGUGAUGCCUUAUGAAGGUGGCGAUGUCGUCCUCGCCGGUCUCCGCAAUGGCACACGCGAAAUGGCCAUGGUACCCUUUAUCAUGCUCACGACACACGACGACACACGGCCAGAGAACGCCUUGACGGCCGACGACUACCUCUCGAAACCGUUCAACGCGCGUGACCUGCUGUCUCGCGGACACAUGCAGCUACAGCUAGGCAAACGCCGUCGUGACAUUGAAGAUCGCUUCGAGGAACGUACUUCGGAGCUACGCAUCAUGUCCGAGAACCUGCCGAUGGGUAUCUUCAGAGCCAGGCCAGAGGAUGGAUCCAUCACGUACUGCAAUGCUGCUUGGCACGAGCAGUCUGGAUAUCCUGUAGAUGGCGAUUUCACCGACUGGUUUACCUACGUCGACCCGGCCGAUCUAGAGCCGAUGGCAAAGGGUUGGUUCGAGUUCCUGGCGGACCCCGACCAACUAGAGUACCAGUUUAACGGACGAUGGAAGAAUGGCAAAUCUGUCACAUCAAAGGUUGCCAAAAUCUCCAAAUCGCCAGGCGGUCCCGUCUCCACACUGCUCGGUUGCACGUUUGACGUUUCCGAGCACAAGAUCAACGAGCAGUUGGUGCUGGAGCGGGCAGAAUUGGCUGAACUGCGGCGUGUUGAGGCCGAAGACGCAAAGGCACAGCAAGAACUUUUGAUCGACAUUACGUCCCACGAAAUCCGCAACCCGAUCAGCAGUCUCAUGCAGUGUGCGUCCCUGGUAAAGACCAACCUCCUUGGGUUACAGUCCGAGUUGGACCUUGCCGUGUCCAACGGCACCGCAUUCCACCCCACACGGCAGCUUUUGCAUACGAUCCAGGAAGACCUGGAGGCGCUCGACAACAUCUACGAAUGCGCCUUGACCCAGGAGCGUAUUAGCAAUGACGUUUUGUCGUUGGGCAAGAUCCAGCUCGACCUGCUCCAAAUGUUCGACGUUGAGACCAACAUUCACGACGAGGCCAAAAAGCUUGUCAGCGUCUUCCAGAACGAGGCACGCAUGAACCGAAUCCACAUUUCGCUCAGCUUUUCGGACGCCUUUGAGAGCCUCGGACUGUCGACGAUCAAAACGGACCCCGUGCGGUUCGGUCAAGUGGUCACCAACCUGCUGGCGAAUGCGAUCCGCUUUGUGGUGAGCAGUGACGAAAGGCGAAUCGAUGUGCGCCUCGACAUUGGCACUGUACCCCCAGUUCCCGGAACUUGCCGUCGUCCGCCAGAGCCACGGUUACCCACCGCGAUAGGAGUCGACACUCCGCUGUACCUGUACGUCGAGGUGGCGGACACUGGACCUGGCUUGUUGCCCUCCGAGCUCGAGACCCUCUUCCAGAGGUUUACACAGGCGAGUGCCAAGACCCACACAGUCUUUGGAGGCUCUGGGUUGGGUCUGUUUGUGUGCCGCAAGAUCACCGAGCUCAUGGGGGGCGGUAUCGAGGUGGCAUCGGAAUACUCGCGCGGGUCCGUGUUCCGGUUCUUUAUCCAGGCCCGCGCCGCCAGCAUCCCAACCCCUAUCAGCAAGCCCCCGACCCCAGUCACUGCAAGGACGAGAAACACCCUCCGCAUCCUCAUUGUCGAAGAUAACAUGAUCAACCGCACUGUCCUGGUCCGUCAGCUCAAGCAUGUUGGUUUCAAGCCAGACGCCGUCACAAACGGGUUGGAGGCAGUGGAAUGCCUGCGCGCUCUUGAACCUGGAGAGAGAUACGACUGUGUUCUCAUGGACCUCGAGAUGCCCGUCAUGGACGGAUACACGGCCACCCGGUUGAUUCGCGAGGACGAGGCAGCUGGACGAGCACCCAACGCAAUCAUUGCGUUGACUGGCAACGCGCGCCAGGCCAAACUGGACGACCAGAUGAUUGACUUUGACGAAGUGGUCGUCAAGCCGUACCGCCUGGACAACCUACUGCUCAAGAUCGAAGGCGUGGCAAGGACCGUCGCCGCCGCUCCAGUUGCACAGGCUGAAGAACCCGUGGUUCCCCUCCGUCCACCAGUUUCACCACUUCUCCGUCCACCAAGCCGUGACGGUAGAUCAUACUCCGAGCCAGUCGUCAUGCGGUGGUCUGAUAGUGGGGGCACAAGUGUAGCGGAGACGGAUCGUGGCGGAGAGAGUGAGAACGAGUUGAGGUAG